GUGUGCGUGUGUGUUGCGCUUUGUGCUGCUUCCAAGAACCGAUCAUGAAUUCGAAGUCGAUGAGCGCAGACAAUUUGUGAGCAGAGUUAGUUUCGAAGUGAACGUGGUUGGAAAAGUAACAAAACGCUUGAACUGAAAAUAUUCAUUUGGAUGAAUUUUGAAUUUUUGACAAGUGACCGAGUGAAAAAGUGUAUUAAUUAAAAAAUUAUCAAAUAAAUAAAUUUACACUACAACAAAAACAUAAAAUUAAAAAAUGCUUAGCAUGAGUGAACUAAUCGAUUUGAGAAUGCAGCAACAGAUAGCACAUGAAAUGUAUCGCCAGCAAAUUAUGCAGCGCAUACCGGAUCCCUUUCCACCCAUGCUGCCAUUCCAUAUGCCUCAUCACAUAAUUGUGCCGCCACGUCCCCCGCUGCCUGGCGCAGAAGCGAAAUUGGAGAACAAUGAACUUUGGCGGCAGUUUCAUAAAAUUGGCACCGAGAUGAUCAUAACCAAGAGUGGAAGGCGCAUGUUCCCCUCCAUGCGCGUUUCAGUCUCCGGCCUGGAGGACGAGUCCAAUUAUUGUGUUUUACUGGAAAUGGUUCCCAUCGGCGAUUGCCGUUACAAAUUCUCCGGCUCACAUUGGAUACCUGCUGGCGGUGCUGAGCCUCAAAGCCCACAACGCAUGUUUCUGCAUCCCGAUAGUCCAGCUACUGGCGCCCAUUGGCAGUCGCAAGCCAUCAUUUUUAAUAAAGUCAAACUUACGAAUAAUACUCUCGACAAUAAUGGUCACAUUGUGCUCGCCAGCAUGCAUAAGUAUCAGCCUCGAUUGCACAUCAUCCGCACAUCGGAUCUCACACAGCUACCAUGGGCGGCACAGCAGGCGUUCGUCUUUCCGGAGACAGAGUUCGUUGCGGUGACGGCUUAUCAGAAUGAUCGCAUCACAAAAUUGAAAAUCGAUAACAAUCCAUUUGCCAAAGGAUUUCGUGAGACCGGUCAAUCCCGUUGCAAACGGAAGUUAAGUACGUUGAAUGCUGACGAAGAGGACAUAGGGGAUAACGCAUCAGGCCCGGUUGGUAAGAGUAUGCUGACAGCCUACGAAGACGAGCGCAAUGGUAUGGUAAAUGUGGAAAUGAACUCGCUCACCAACAAACGGAGUCGGUCGAAUGGAUCUUGUGAUGAUGAUAGCUAUGUGAACUCAAUUGGUUCCCAGAGUUGUGGCAGUCUUUCGCCAUAUUAUGAUGAAGUUAUGUACCCGGCAAUGUAUCAGCGAGAGCCACUACAGCAGCAGCAACAGCAGCAGAAUUUGAACUUUUCACCGACAGACAUUGCCGCGGCUACAUACUUUGCAGCCAUAUCAAAUAUGAAUUCAGUGAUGUCACCAGUGAAUGGCAUGCAGCCAUUAAUAAUGCAACUCCCGCAUCAGAUGCAUGCACAAACCAAUAUGUUAUCUGCCCAGUCGCAAUAUCUGCAGCACGCGUCCUCUUCCUUCUCGCCUCCAAUUGAUUUAAUGAGAACAUCGCCUGCCGCUUCCCACUUGCAGGAGGAGCAGGAGGCGCAAAGUAGCGCUGGUUCUGCCGUUUUGUCCGCAGAAGUCAGCGCAAAAGACGACGACGCAACAAAAACGAAGCAGUCAAAGAGCAAUAAUUUUAGUAUUUCUGCCAUUUUGGCUUUCUGAAUGUGAAAGCUCUGAGCUUUAAAUAAAGUCUUGUAGUACUCAGUGUAAAAAGUUGUAAACACACAAUACUUUUUAACCUUACUUUAAGUAAUUACAUACAUAUGUAUUAUAUUAUGCGUACUUGUAGGUUAUAAAUAUUUCUAGUUCGUAGUUUAUUUAAGUUUUUAGUAACUUUUCAAGUGCCCUUGUUCCACACCGUGUGUGCGUAAAUUUUAAGAGAGGAAUAAUCAAUAUAUCGGAAAAAUUAUAAUUAAA